AUGUCCUUGGCAAAUGAGCUGAGCUCUCUUUUACCCCCUGUCACCCCCCCCCCCUUCCCCGCUCGCAAACACACUCACAACACAGGGUCAGUCACCCCGUCACCGAGUGAGGGAUUGUCGACCAGCUAUUCGGCCACAGCGUGCAUCGCCGCCGGGCUCGGUGCCUCUUCCCGCACCCACCCAACGCAGGAUCCGUCAACCCCACCACCCCAGAGCCAGUCGGCUGCAUUAGGCCACGCCUGGUUCUCCUUAGCCUGUCUCAAAGGCCCAGAGGUGAAAGGUGAACACAAUAUUGACCUCCCCUCUACCGAUAUAAAGGGUGACAUCAAAGGACCCAAGGUGGAUAUAGAUGUUCCUGAGGCUGAUAUUAAGGGACCCAGUGGAUCAUUCCACAUGCCCAAAUUCAAAAUGCCCAAGUUUGGAUUCGGUAGUGGUAAAGUAGAAGGCCCCGAUGUCAAUAUUGAUGCAAAUCUUCCAGCUGGAGAUGUCAGUCUAAGUGGUCCAAAGAUAGAAGGUGAUAUUGAUGUACCUGACGUAGAUCUAGAUGUUGGUGGAGGCUCUGGUAAAAUCAAAGGCCCAAAACUUAAAAUGCCAGAUUUCAAUAUAUCAGGACCCAAAUUUGAAAAGCCAGAUUGGAAUUUGAAAUUCAAGGGCCCAAAGGCCACAGCAGAUGUCGAUGUCCCAGAUGUUAAUCUAGAGGGUGAUCCCAAAGGCCCAGAUGUCAACAUUAAAGGUCCUAAAGUUGAUAUUGAAGGACCCGAGGCCAAAGGAAGUGGUUUCAAUAUUUCAAUGCCUUCCAUGUCAUUGCCCAAGAUCAAGGUUCCUGACUUUGAUUUGAGUGUCAAAGGCCCAGAGGUGAAAGGUGAACAUGAUAUUAACCUCCCCUCUGCUGAUAUAAAGGGUGACAUCAAAGGGCCCAAGGUGGAUAUAGAUGUUCCUGAGGCUGAUAUCAAGGGUCCCAGUGGAUCAUUCCACAUGCCCAAAUUCAAAAUGCCCAAGUUUGGAUUCGGUGGUGGUAAAGUAGAGGGCCCCGAUGUCAAUAUUGAUGCAAAUCUUCCAGCUGCAGAUGUCAGUCUAACUGGUCCAAAGAUAGAAGGUGAUAUUGAUGUACCUGACGUAGAUCUAGAUGUUGGUGGAGGCUCUGGUAAAAUCAAAGGCCCAAAACUUAAAAUGCCAGAUUUCAAUAUAUCAGGACCCAAGUUUGAAAAGCCAGAUUGGAAUUUGAAAUUCAAGGGCCCAAAGGCCACAGCAGAUGUCGAUGUCCCAGAUGUUAAUCUAGAGGGUGAUCUCAAAGGCCCAGAUGUCAACAUUAAAGGGCCUAAAGUUGAUAUUGAGGGACCUGAUGCCAAGGGAAGUGGUUUCAAUAUUUCAAUGCCUUCUAUGUCAUUGCCCAAGGUCAAGGUUCCUGACUUUGAUUUGAGUCUCAAAGGCCCAGAGGUGAAAGGUGAAUACGAUAUUGACCUCCCCUCUGCUGAUAUAAAGGGUGACAUCAAAGGACCCAAGGUGGAUAUAGAUGUUCCUGAGGCUGAUAUUAAGGGUCCCAGUGGAUCAUUCCACAUGCCCAAAUUCAAAAUGCCCAAGUUUGGAUUCGGUAGUGGUAAAGUAGAGGGCCCCGAUGUCAAUAUUGAUGCAAAUCUUCCAGCUGCAGAUGUCAGUCUAACUGGUCCAAAGAUAGAAGGUGAUAUUGAUGUGCCUGACGUAGAUCUAGAUGUUGGUGGAGGCUCUGGUAAAAUCAAAGGCCCAAAACUUAAAAUGCCAGAUUUCAAUAUAUCAGGACCCAAGUUUGCAAAGCCAGAUUGGAAUUUGAAAUUCAGGGGCCCAAAGGCCGGAGCAGAUGUCGAUGUCCCAGAUGUUAAUCUCGAGGGUGAUCUCAAAGGCCCAGAUGUCAAUAUUAAAGGUCCUAAAGUUGAUAUUGAGGGACCCGAGGCCAAAGGAAGUGGUUUCAAUAUUUCAAUGCCUUCCAUGUCAUUGCCCAAGAUCAAGGUUCCUGACUUUGAUUUGAGUCUCAAAGGCCCAGACGUGAAAGGUGAACACGACAUUGACCUCCCCUCUUCCAAUAUAAAGGGUGAUAUCAAAGGUCCCAGGGUGGAUAUAGAUGUUCCUGAGGCUAAUAUUAAAGGUCCAAGUGCGAAAUUCCACAUGCCCAAAAUCAGAAUGCCAAAAUUCGGGUUUAGUGGAGGGAAAGGAGAAGGGCCUGAUAUGAAUAUUGAUGCUCAUCUUCCUGAGGCAGAUGUGGAUCUCACAGGACCAACAAUGGAAGGUGAUUUAAAAAUGCCAGAUGUAGAUCUGGGCAUUGACGGUGGUUCUGGUCAAACCAAAGGCCCUAAAUUCAAAUUACCAGGUUUCAAAAUUUCUGGUCCGAAGGUCCCAAAGCCAGAUUUUGACCUGGAAUUGAAAGGUCCAAAACUGUCAGGCGAUGUGGAUGUCCCUGAUGUUAAUUUGGCUGGUGACAUCAAAGGCCCGAAGAUUAAAAAACCUGGAAUCAGCAUCUCUGCUCCAAAGGUCCCAAAGCCUCAUUUAGACUUGGAACUUAAAGGCCCAAAAGUCUCCGGGGAUUUGGAUGUCCCUGCUAUUAAUAUGGAGGGUGACAUCAAAGGCACCAAAUUAGAUAUCGACGGGCCGAAUGUUAAAGAAACUGGGGCAAAAUUUUCAAUGCCUUCAAUACAUUUGCCGCAUAUAACAGCUCCCAACAUUGAUUUGAGUUUCAAAGGCCCAAAAUUAAGGGGUGAUCAGACAAGUGACAUCUCUUCACCCAGUAUAGAGGGAGAAAUUAAAGGUCCAAAGAUUGAUGUAGAGACUCCAGACAUUGACUUGGACGGUGCACACGGACAGUUCCAAAUGCCAAAAAUUAAUAUGCCCACAUUUAAGAUGGGUGGACCCAAACUGAAAGGACCUGAAGUGGACAUUAAAGCCAAUGUUCCUGAGACAGAUGUUACUAUAUCAGGACCAAAGAUAAAAGGUGGGGUUGAAGUUCCUGACGUAGAUAUGGAUGUUGAUGGUAAAAUUAAAGGUCCUGGAUUUCAAAUGCCAGGCAUUAACAUCUCUUUACCCAAAAUUAAAGCUCCUAAUUUUGAUUUUGGGUUUAAGGGUCCUGAACUGUCAGGUGGUCAUGGUGCUGCUGCUGACAUUAACAUGGAGGGUGACAUUAAAGGUUCAGGUUUUGAUAUCCAAGGUCCCAAAGUAAAUAUUAAGGCACCUGAGAUGAAAAUUGAGGGUCCUGAUGUGAAAGGAAAUGAGGGCAAGGUUUCACUGCCCUCCAUGGGUAUUUCAGCUCCCAAUAUAACCUCCCCAGACAUGCAUUUUGACUUGAAAGGCCCCAAACUGGAAGGUACAGCUGAUAUUAAGUCUCCAAGUUUAGGUGUUGAUGUUAGUGCACCUGAGAUGGAUACAGAUGGUCAAAGUGCACAUCUGAAACUGCCAAAAAUGAAGAAGCCAAAGUUUGGAUUUGGAAUUAAAGGACCACAAGGUGACAUAAAUGCUCCAUCUCUGGACAUUUCUGGUUCUGACAUAGAUUUGAAUGUUGAUUCGCCAGACCUGAACAUAAGUACCAAAGGGAAAAAAGGCAAGUUUAAGAUGCCCAAAUUCAAUAUCAAAUCAAAGAAACCUGCAGGAGAUGUAAAGGUAACCACUCCAACGAGUGAACUUGAUUUAUCCAAGCCAGAAGCAGGUAUUAAGUCGCCAAAUCUAAGUGUAACACUUGGAUCAUCCGAUGGACAACUGAACAUCAAGCAUCCAAAAGUAAAGAAACAACGAUUUGGAAAAAUGGGCAAAUUGACAUUUCCAGAUGUUGAAUUUGAUCUGGCAUCAUCAAAAGCUAAAGGUGAACUACCUAGUUCAAAGAUUGAAGGAGACUUACAAGCACCUAGUAUUGAUGUUUCAUCUUUGGACAUGAAAGGUCCACAUGUUGACAUCAGAGCACCGGGAGUUGAUGUCAAUACUGAUGUUGCCUUGGAAGGACAUGGUUUCAAAGCUAAGGGCACAAAAUUAAAAUUGCCUUCACUAAACAUCAAAUCACCCAAAAUGUCUGAUCCAAAUUUGGAUAUUAAUUUAAAGGACGCAAAUCUGAAAGGUGAAGUAUCAGGAGAUGUAAAAGGACCAACGAUUGACAUAAAGAGACCCGAAAUAGAUUUUGAUGUUGAAGCUCCAAAUGUUGAUAUUGAAAAACCAGAAAGUAAAUUAAAAAUGAAAAUUAAGAAACCAAAGCUUAAUAUUUCAGGCCCCAAAUUCAAAGGUUCAGGUGUGGACAUGAAUGUUAGUAUACCAAAAUUAGACACUGGAAUUAAAGGACCUGAGGUUAACAUUGAUGCACCCAGUGUUGAGCUUCAACCCAACAUCUCUGAUCCAGAUCUACACUUGAAAGGAUCAAGUCUUAAGUCACCAGAUGGUCAUUUUGAGAGUACAGAAGGAAAGCUGAGCAUGCCUGCAAUUAACAUUUCUGGUACUAAAUUGCAAGGUCCUGAUAUGAAUCUUGACACAAAUGCACUGAAGAUAGGAGGUGAUCUUAAGACACCAGGUGUAGAUGUCAAUCUUGAAACAUCUGAUGUGAACAUAAAUGCUGAUGGUAAAUUCAAAGGGCCCAAAAUUGCAAUACCAUCAGUUGAUAUCUCAGCACCUAAAAUGGACUUAGAUUCAAAGCAUCCACAGAUAAAAGGAGAUGUCAAUAUUUCCAGCCCAAAUAUCAAAGGAAACUUUAGAGGACCAGGUGUGGAUGUAAAAGGUCCUAAUAUCGAUGUUUGUGGUGCUGAUAUUGACAUUAAAGGGGGAGAAGGAAAGCUAAAGAUGCCUCAGAUCAAUCUUCCAAAAGCUGAUAUAAACCUUGCAGAGCAGAAGGUAAAAGGGAUCUCUGCCUCUGAUUUUGGUGUUAAUGUGAAGGGCCCUAAAUUAGAAGGAAGUUUGGACACUGACAUAAAAUGCCCUGAAUUGGACAUUAAGGGGCCAAAUGUGAAAAUGGAUACAUCAAAUAUUAACAUUGCUAGUUUAAAAGGAAAAGGUUCCAGUGUUGAUAUUAAUGUGCCAAAAGCUAACGUAGAAUUUUCUGGACCAAAGUUUGAGCAAGAUAUGAAGGGAGAUAUAAAUGUUGCUGUACCAGAUGUGAACUUAAGUGCUAAAUUAAAGAGCCCUGAAGUAAAACUGCCAUCAGCCGAUGUGAAAUUUGAUGCAAAAGGCCCGACAAUCAAAGGUGAUGUUAAUGCUUCCAGUUCCAAAAUUGACCUGAAAAGUCCAGAGCUUGAUGUCAAAGCUACGGACAUAAGUGCAGAUAUUAAAGCAGCAAUAGCUGAUCUUGAUGUUCCAUUGGAUAAAAUGACAAUACCUAAAUUCAAACGUUCUCAAUUUCAAAUAAAAGGGCCAAAUGUAGAAUCACAUCAAAUGGCAACAGGUGUCAGUUCUUCAGGUGUACAAGGUCCAAGUGUCGAAAUUAAAGGACCACAGGCAAAUAUUAGCAUGCGAGAAGAUGAUGUGGAUGGUUCAGGGGUUAAGGUAAAAAAGGGGAAAAUUAAAAUGCCCAAAUUUAAUUUUUCUAAGUCUAAAGGGAAAGGUAGUAUUGAAGGAGCUGAGGGUGAAUUUAGUGUAUCGGGGCCAAAGAUUGAUAUUAAGGGUUCAAAGGGUAGCCUGGGAUUCAGUGAAGUUGAGAUGGAAGGAGCAGAAAUUGCUGGAUCUGGUAAAGCUUCUAAUUUGGACAUAAGCACUUCCCCAAAGAGCAAGUCUGGCACACUAGAUUUCUCAUUAUUUAAAGGCAAAAAAUCAGAACGUCAUAGGUCGUCAUCUCUGAGUGAUGAGCAUGACCUUUCACCAUCAUCCCCCAAGGGCAGAUUAGAUUUUGGAGAAGGGACUGCAGGUGCAAAAGGAAAGAAAUCAAAGCUGAAAUUUGGGACGUUUGGAGGCUUUGGGGCAAAGUCAAAGGGCUCCUAUGAGGUCACCCUUGGUGAAGGUGAGGCAGCAGCAGAGGGCAGCGGUAUCUCUCUAGUUUCUAAGAAGACCCGCCUGUCCUCCUCAUCCAGUAAUGAAAGUGGAUCCAAAGCAGGAUUCCGUCUUCCUAAGGUAGAACUAAAUAUCAACAAAAACAAAGAAUAAUUUUGUAAAUAGAGCCUGAGUCCUUGUAAAUAGAAAUUAACUGCAUUACUUUUAACUGAUAAGCCAAGGCACAGAGGUCCACUGGACUUCAUCCCUAUCUCAUUGGCAGGUCAAAAGUCAAAUGGAUUAUUUAAAAGUGUUGAGUCAUUGUUUUUGUUUUUACAAUGCGAGAAUUGAACCAUAGCCCGAUCUGACCUGCAGAUAUUUCAAACACUUCUGUACCAGCUAACACAACAAACUGAAGUUCUAUUACUACAAGCUGAAAGCAAUAGCCUACUAGCAGAAAAAUAAACUAUUUUGAUACAUUUUCUAUGUAGUGGUUUGUUAUUUUCAUAUACUGGUAAAAUUGAGGUGUUAAAACAUGUAAUCACUGGUGCUCUCUCUAGCUUACUUUAUUCAAUGGAAUGCAGCUAAUCUGUGAGAGGUUUUAUUGAUUAACGAUUUGAGCGGAGACAGUUGGAGAGGAAGAGUUUAAGUUGUCUUUAGACCAAUAGAAGCUAUCCUAUCUAUAUGAAAAAAGUAUUUUGGCAUUAGCCAAAACAGACUCAAUUCGUCCAGUGAUUGGUAUUGUAUUGCCAGAGUCCAACCACAAUAAUGUUUGGCCAAUUUUAUUUCCUUGUAGACUUACAGGGCUGCAGAAAAAUGUAUUCAGGACAGCUUAAAAUUUUCUCUUUGUAAAAUGUGCUAACUGUUGGUCUGUGGAUCUAGUUAAGGCAUGUUUCCACUGUGAACCUGAGUGUUAAUGCCAUCCUGCCUCUUUAUCUUCUGCUCCUGCUGCUGUAAUCUUUUAUUCCAAGUCCUAUCUCCCAAAGCGACAGAUAAAAAGGCCUAGAGAAAUUAUUCAACGUUCAACUAUGCAGUUUGGAUCAGUUUGAGUCAUAAGUAUUAAAUACUAUGAAAACUAAAUUAAAUAACACAACUUAUUUGCACUUCAAAUAUCCCAUUCCCUUCCCACCCUCUCCUCCUCCCAAUUCCCUUUACGUCCCGGCAAUACAACUUGGUUGCUAACUGCACUGCUGUCAGGUGUAAAUUUCAGAAUGGAAAGGGUGGUCUGAGAUAGGCUUGCUAACAGCAUGUAUGUAUCGGCAGGCCUGUGAAGGAGCCUGCACGGUCUGAUUUAAUAGCAUUAUAAAGCAGAAUAUGACAGCACUGCACUAAAAUACUGCUUUGUCUGAAUCCACAGAUUGCACCAAACUCCCUGUAACAUAACAAACCCUUUCCUUUUGUUACAAAUUACAGGAAAAUUGUGACUUUUCUAGAUUUUCUUACCAUUUCUUUGUUCCAUUCUACAGUGUUGUUAAUAGAACUUCUUCUUCAUAAUUCUGUCUACACUUUUAUGGCAAAGUUUAUGGUAGACGAUGGGAAUGUAAGACAAGUGUGUACCUUGUAAAAAUCAAAUAAAUUGUUCAUUACCCUGAA